AUGAAAUAUCUAGCAUUUGUAUCUAUUCUUGUUCUUGUAUUCUCAUAUCCAAUAUUCACAAUUUGUCAACAAGGCAAUGAUGAUAUUGCUAUGAUUCGUCAACGUAUAUUAGAAAUGAUUAUUUGGCCAACAUCUGAUAAUAUAUCAAGUAUAGUUACAGAUGCGAUUGCUUACAAUAAAAAAAUGAAUAGUUCUUGUUAUUGGGAAGAUAUUAAUUAUGAAGAUAAAACUUUAGCUGUAUGGACAACAGAAAUACAUUUAACACGUGUAAAUAUUAUGAUACAAGCAUUAACAGUUCCUGGAUCAAGUGUACAGAAUGAUUCACGAUUAGCAACUGGUGCUCAUUGUGCUCUCAAUGUAUGGUUAAUACGUGAUUUUUUAAAUCCAAAUUGGUGGUUUAAUCAAAUAGGAAUUCCACUUUUAUUAACUGGCCAAUUAUUAAUGUUAGGUAAUAAUGCAACAAAUUUUGAAACGAAAAAAAUAACUGAAAUAUCGUUUCGUUCCGAUUGGUGGGAACAUGAUCCUGGUACAGGUGCAAAUCUUGUUUGGAUGAUACAAAUUGAAUUAUAUCGAUCAUUAGCAACAAAUAAUAGAACUGGUCUUGAACAAGGUUUUACACGUAUGUGGAAAGAUAUUGUUGUUUUACCAGUAGGUGGACAAGGCAUACAAAAUGAUUGGUCAUAUCAUUUUCAUGGUACACAAUUAUUACCAGCAUCUUACGGACAAGAUUGGGCUUUAGCUAUCAUUAUAUUUGUUUUAUGUACUGAAAAUACCCAAUAUGAAUUAAAUCAACAACAAAUAAUAAUAUUCGCGAAGUUUUUAAUAGAAGGUGAUGCUUGGAUGAUUCAGGAUAAUUUAUGGGAUUGGCAAGUUGAAGGUAGAGCGAUUGAUAGAGCAGGUACAAAUUUUGCUACUUUAGAAUUUGAAUUGAAAUCAAACUGGAUUAGAUCAUUAGCACAAUUAGUAGAAUUAAAUAAUCUUAAGAUAGAUUUAUUAAAUUUUGCUGAUCGUCUUGAUAUUAAACCUAAUGCUAUUCCAUUGAUUGGAAAUAAACAUUUCUAUACAUCUGAUUAUCAAGUACAUCGUCGUAUGAAUUGGACAAGUACAAUAAAAAUGCAAUCAAUUCGAACUCAACCUACCGAAUGUAUUAAUUAUGAAAAUCAAAAAGGUGAACAUCUUGGUCAAGGUGUAUUAAAUAUUUAUACUACGAAUGCUGCUGAUUAUCAAGAAAUAUUUCCUCUAUUAGAUUGGCAAGCAAUUAACGGUAUUACAGUUGAACAUGAUAUUCCAAUUGAAUCUUGUAUACGUGGAGAAUUUAAUUGGAUAAAAUUAAAUUUUGUUGGUGGUGUUAGUGAUGGUAGUUAUGGUUUAGCAAUAAUGGAUACAGCAACUCAUAAUCUUACUGCUAAACGAUCCUGGCAUUUUUAUGAUGAUGCAAUUAUUGCAUUAGCAAGUAAUUUAACAAUUACUACACAAAAUACAGUAUGGACAACACUUGUUAGUCGCUUAUUAUUAAAAGGUAAUGUUACUAUUGGUUUUUUUAAUGGUCAUAUAAUUUCUCUUAUUGAUGGAAUUAAUUAUUCAUUUCCUUAUACUUCUAAUCAAUCGGAAAAUGUUCAAUGGAUACACAUUGGUGAAAGUAAAAUUGUAUAUCUUCUACAAAAACAAUAUUUAUAUUCAGCAAUAGGAGCAGAAGUGAGUACAAAGACAGCCUCUUACAAUACAAUUGGACCUUAUAAUGAUACAAUAACUAAACGUACAGUAACUGUAUGGAUAGAUCAUGGAUUAGGACCAUAUACUCGUGAUUAUAAUUAUAUGAUUUUACCAAAUGUUAAUAUUGAAUCGAUAUCAAAUUUAAUUAAACGUUAUGAAAAUGAACAAAUAUUUUCAUGUAUUUCAAAUAAGGAUUAUAUUCAUGGAACAGCAUGGCCAAUUCUUCAACGUGCAUCAUUUGUAUUAUGGAAUAAUAUGACAAGUAAUUUUUCAUGUAAAAGUUCAUUCUUUUCAUUAAACGUACAUUUGAAAGAUGCUGGUGUUUAUCUAUUUAAUGAAACUACAAGUCAUUUUUCUAUUACAAUUUCUCAUCCAAAUCGUAUAAAUGAUAUUAUUACAAUAAAUAUUGAUAGAAUUGGAUAUGGACAAGAAUGUAUCCCAUUAUCCAAUAACACAACUAAUGUUAGUAUUAAAUUACCUUCAUCAAAAGAAUUAUUAGGUUCAUCUAUAAUAGUAACAUGUACGAAGAAACAAUUUGUUUAUUGA